GAAAGAAAUAAGUACAACAACAUAUAAUCACGUGUAGAGAGAAAACAAGAGAGAGAGAGAGAGAGAGAAAUGGAAGCUGUAGCAGUGUUUGGUGGAGGAAGACCAUGUCUCUCUUCAUCAUCUAUUCGAAGCUCACAGCCUGAGAGAAGUUGCAGCAGCUUAUCCUGCUCCCACAAGCGUAUCAUACGCACCCAUUUCCACCAUUUAUCAGCUUUUCCCUCCAAAUCCCAUCACUUUUUCUCAUCAUCAUCAUCAUCUUCUUUCUCAACUCCUCCUCAUGUCAAACCCCAUAUCUUCCUUCCCCGCUUGGUCGCUGCCUUGGAAGAAGUUGAGGAGACUUACAUAAUGGUCAAACCCGACGGCGUUCAACGUGGUCUUGUUGGAGAGGUAAUUUCGAGGUUUGAGAAAAAGGGGUUUAAAUUGACUGGACUAAAGCUCUUCCAGUGCCCCACAGACUUGGCUGAGGAGCAUUAUAAGGAUCUCAAGGCUAAGCCUUUCUUCCCAGCGCUGAUUGAGUAUAUUACAUCUGGUCCUGUUGUGUGUAUGGCAUGGGAGGGCGUUGGUGUUGUGGCAUCGGCACGUAAGUUAAUAGGGUCUACGAAUCCUCUUCAAGCUGAACCUGGAACGAUAAGAGGGGAUCUUGCUGUUCAAACAGGAAGGAAUGUGGUUCAUGGGAGCGACAGCCCUGAGAAUGGCAAGCGUGAAAUAGCUCUCUGGUUCAAAGAGGGUGAAAUCUGCGAAUGGGCGCCGGCUUUGGCACAAUGGCUGAGGGAGUGACCCUUCACAAAAGCUCAACACCAUAGAGGCAUGUAAUUUUGGGAGCGUUAUUCUGAGCACCUGUAUCUCCAUUUUUGUUGUACUUGAUUGAUCUUAGGCUGUUCAAUAUCUUAGAUGUCUCAUUUCUGUUUAGCUUCUUGUUGGAUAUUUGAUGGCUGAUAUUUUUUUUUCACACAUUGUACUUUUUCCUUUGAUUCAAGUGUAACAUUGCAACAACAAACUGGGAUUCAGCCAAUAAUACAUGAUCAUCUCAUGUUUUUGUCAUCUUU